GGAGGCGGCGAGAGCGUGGCCGGCCCGGAGGAGGCCCCAGCCGCCAGCCCGCUGCUGGAAGACCUCAGGCGGCGGCUGGCGAGCGCCUUCCAGCGGGCGGCGCCGCGCGGCGUCUCGAGGCGCUCGCGGGAGGAGGAGGCGGCGGAGACGGCGCAGGAGGAGCAGAGCCGGGCGCGCGUCGAGAGCGCCCUGGCCGGGCUGCGCGCCGAGCUGCUGGAAAUGCAUUUCCAGAAUUGCCAGCUGGCCAGAACUUUGCUGGAUUUAAACAUGAAAAUGCAGCAAUUGAAAAAGUAUGAACUGGAAAUUGCAUCAGAAUUGCAAAGCUCGGAAGAUAAUGUCGUGAAUAUGGAAUGAAGAAACGCACAGAAGAAGAUCUGAACCCUAAAAAUAACAUAGACAGCUCUGAAACAAUUCUGACAGUAACAUUAUGGAUGCUUUGUGUAAGACUUUAGGGGCAAUUUGUAGGCCAAAAGCUUUGAUGCCAUGGGGAAGUGACAGAAAACAUCUACAAGAGGGGAGAGAAAAUGGUAUGUUGUCAAGCUUUACAGUUGUGUAUUCAUUGUUUUGGCUGGGAAAUAGAAGUAAAAAGAAUGUACUGAAGAAUGCCUUAAUGCCAAUUUCCAGCGUUCUGUCUUGUGCCAUCUUAACUUUCUGAUGUUAUCUGAACUUUCAGAAUCUGUGUUUGCUUUUGUUCUACUUGAUUAUUCUUGGUUUGUCUGCCCAGUUAGCUGUUCAGUAGCCUUUCCUUCCCGUCCUGUCCCCUUUUUGGAGAAUUACUCCUGCCUAGAUUCCAACCAUACCCUUCAGGUAGAGUCUACCAUUGAGGGUGUCUCACCUCAUUGGAUAUAGUCACGCAGAUCGAGGCAGUUUGAUCAACUUGUCCUCAGGAGUUUUUGAACUUGAGCUAAGGGAACAGAUGAGUAUUAGAAGCUGAUGGGAGAAGC